CCGCGACGCCGCCGCCGCUACAGGAGCGGUCGAGGUGGAGCGCGCGAGCCAUACUGACGCACGGGUGGUGGCGGCGCCGGCGCGGGAUGCGCCGCCAUGCCGGUACGACACCGCGAACUCGGCGACGAGCUCGCACCCCCGGAGCCCAAGCGCUGCAGGCACUGCGACGAGAGCCGUUCGUCGUGCGGCGCAGGCGGCGGCUCGGAGGGCUCGGAGGGGCGCGCGUCGUGGCGCGUGACGCUGGACCACGACCUCGUGGAGACCCUCAGUGCCAUCUAUCCGGAGUGGUUCAAGCCGCAGCACCGCCGCGAGCGCAGCCGCGCCGCAUCGCCCGCGUCGCCGCCGCGCUCGCCCUGCACGCCUUGCACGCCCCCCUCAGACGACACGUUCAGUUCGGGCGCAGAGGAGAUGGCUGGACGACAAGCGAGCAGCAGCGGCGCCAGCGAGCCGCCGAGCUCGCCCCGCGUCUCCCCGCCCAAGGUGGUCGUCGACGACAGCCCCCUGCAGCCAGCUAUGGGCAAGCACAAAGAAUCGUUGAAAGUGAAGCUGAUGAUGAGGCGUCCCAUCACGCAGCUGGUGGCCCAAGGAAUCAUGCCGCCACUAAAAACACCUCCUGCGUACUUUGAACAAUGCAAACAACUGGAAAGAGCGAAAACUGGAGAUUUACUAAAGGCAAAAAUACAAAGACGACCAGAUCGUCAAGAACUGGAACGAAGACAUAUAUUAGAACAGGAAAGCCACGUAGACCCAAGCCUUGCAGAAAAGCAGCGUAUGCUAAAGAAGGCACGGCUGGCUGAUCAACUUAACGACCAGUUAUCACACCGUCCUGGUCCCCUCGAACUUAUCAAAAAGAAUAUAUUGCACACAGAAGAGAACAUCGAAACAGCUGUUAAGAGCGGAGUCCUAGCGUUCAAGGCCACCAGCGAAGGCGCUUCUGGUCGACCACAGCAUCCAUCCUCGUACUGUGGCCCACCAGAGGAAGUUUCACCUUCACCUUCCCCACCUUCGACCCUUUCGCCGGUCAGUGUCGCAUCCCCCCCUCAACACCCGGCCCCGGGAAAGGACAAGAACCGCAAAAAGAGUAAGCAAAAGCAACAGCCCAAAGCGCGGUUCAAAUUCCACGAGUACAAGGGACCACCGAACGCACAGAAAGCUUCGUCGCCCCCGGGAUCAGUGGAGACUCCCUACGAGUUACUAUUACAACAGCAGCAGUUACUCCUGCAGCUGAUGCCCGCGUCGCCGGCGCCCUCCUCCGCGGCCUCCAUCGCCUCCGACACCUCGGACGCGUACGCGCCGCCCCCGCCGCCGCCUCCGCCCGUCCCUAUCCUACCCCUCUCGGUCGCCGCUCGCUUCGAAGACAUGAAGGUCUCCGACCUCCGCGCCGAGUGCAAAAGACGGAACCUCCGCGUGUCCGGGCCAAAGCCGCAGCUGAUCGACCGACUGAGGCCGUUCCUCAUGGAGAAGCAGGAGGAGGGGCCGCGGUCGCCGGCGUCGGUGGCGUCGUUCGCGUCGCUGACGUCGCCCGAUCCCCGCGCGGAGCAGGAAUGCGGCGCGGAGGACAUCGUGCAGUCGCAGCGGCGGCAGAUCGAGGAGCUGGAGCGCAAGCUGGAGGCGUCGCGGCAGCAGCUGGAGGCGGUGCGGCGCGAGGCGGCGGGCGCGGCCGCCAGUGACCAGAGCCGCCGCCUGCUGCAGGCGCACAUCUGCGUGUCGCAGCUGCGCGCGCAGCUCGACGCGCUGCAGCAGCCGCCCGCGCCUGCGCCGCCCGCCUCGCGGUACGUCAUCGACGCCGCGCCCGAUCGCCUCGUGCGCGUGUACGCCGUCGCGCCCUCGCCCGCGCCCGCCGCCGACGCGCAGGACGUCUCGCCGCAGAAAGCCACCAACCCCGCCUAUAUCCUCAACGGCGUCAAGGUGGUGCCUAUUGCGAUCCUGCCGUCGCCGCACUACGAGCCGGAGCGCGCCGCCCCGCCGCCCCCUCCGCCGCCCCCGCCGCCGCCGCCGCCGAUGCCCGUCGCGCAGGUCCACCUGACGGCGCUCCGCGACCACGCCGAAGACAGCCGCAUCAUGGAUGACGUCCUGGAGAUUCUUGUGGAGAACGGCGAGCUGCCCCCGUCGGCAGUGGUGGACCCGUCCGCGAGCGAAUCGUUAAACGGCAGUUUCGUGGCGUCCUCGGUGGACGCGUUCUCCCCUGCUGACGUGCUCAACGAUGAUGUCUUGUGCGACCCGCACGUGCGCGAUUCUUUGGCGGCGGACGAGCUGCAGAGGGAACUGGACGAUAUACAGAACGAGAUCAUGAGCCACGCGGAUCUGCAGGCGGUCAACGGUGUUGUCAAUUCGUGUGAUGUCGAUCCGACGUCCACCGACAUCGACGCCGAACUGAGCGUCGACCUCCUUUCCAACAGUGACUUUCCUACCGAAUUCGGCGGCUCCGACCCUACGUCCGCCGAUCACGACGACUUCUUCGGUAGCCUGCUGUCAGGGGAGAGUCGGCAUGUCGACGAAAGAUCGCAACCGACUGUCAUGGAUGUCAGCGACGAUGUACAAGAAAGGAUGAGCAUGACCCCGUUGACGAACGGAGAUUUACUCGAUCACACGCGAACCGGUUUCGAAUACAUGGACGAUCUAUCAUUGCCGUCCUUCCAGACUGACGAUACCAGGCACGGGUCCUUCGACGAUCGGUCGUGUGAAAUAGACCUAAAAGAGUUCGGCAUCGACCCGCCCACCAACAUGAACGUAGACAACGACGUAUACGACUACUCUGGCUAUGACAUGGACACGGAAAUAAUUCCUAACGUGUUCGGUCGCGGUCAUGUGCCCCAGUGUGAUCCACUUCUAGGGGGAGUGUUCGCCCGGCCUCCGCCACGACCGGCCCGUAAACAUUAUUCGUGGGACAAAAUAGAAUACGACGCCACCUGACCCUCGCCCGCCUUUCUCCAAGAGUACCGCUCGUCGAUGCUCAAACUAUGAUCUCUUUCAUCACCAAUUCAGGCAGUAACAGGGCUAACUGCUCUCAGUUUUUAACGGUAUACGUGCAAAUGUUUUAAAGCAAAUGUGCGAGUGAUGUGAUUCGUUUUGGUGCAAAAGUUUAGAAAAAUAUAUAAAUUAAAUCGACCGGUACCGGUUCGAGUGUAACGCUAGUCUCUUCAGUGACUCGUUCUUCCAGGUUGGUGACUUACGUCAGUAAGGACAGAUUUUAAAGUAUAUUAAAUACUAUAAACACAUAGUGUUAUCGUUAUUGACGGACUUAUUACUCUUGGUACUUAAUAGAUAUUUUGAAAUUUUUGUGCCGCUAGUUGAUAAAUAGAUUAAUGAAUAACCAUAUUCUCGGUGAGUAUAAGCGCACGUAACCACCGCGUGCGCUGCGACGCACUUAGCUCACAUGUAAUAAAAUCCAUUUUAUUUUCUAUUUAUAGGUAUCUACUUAUGUAUAUAUUGAAAGUAAAAAUACUCAACAUAGUUGUGGAUUUCUGCAUUCCGCCCGAUGACUAAACUUUAGGGAAAAAUUAUAAUAAGAGUUGUUUUAUUGGGACGCAAACGAUCAAUCUGCGACACACCUGCCUACGUAGAUUAUUAUUGUUAAAUUGUAUAAAGAUUGAUUUUGUGUCAAUAAUUGAAAUCCGCUUUGUUCUAUCGGAACGGAUAACCAUUUCCCAAAUCAAGAAGUGACAUUCCAGUCUUGUUGAAGCGCAAUUUGUGGCACAGGAGCACUCAUCUCUCCAUAGAUUGCUUUAUGUUAUGUUGAUUUAUUGAUUCAUGGUUACCUUUUGUUACAUGGAGAGAGGUGAGACGCGCAUUCACAAGCCAUCGUCAUGGGUGGGACCAGCUUGGGAACAAUGUUAGAUUUCAUUUAGGUAAACAAGGAGCCGGCUCCUAGCUUACAAACAAUUAUGCGAACGCACUUCCAAGUAUGCACAGAGUGGAGUAUAAUAGUUGAAAAUACAAUCUACGACUGUAUCUUAAAACACAAUAUCGGAAAAGAAUCGUGACGGACUGCUUGCAGGUACUCCAAACAAGUUUCGAAUAUAUUUACUCUGUAAUAGAGUGCAUAUUCAAUCAGAAAUAGAGUCAACAUUCUUUGCUUGUUGUUCCUCUUAGUCCACACUGUUCCUGAAGCAAAACUUUACUCACAAUUGUAUUAGUAUUUGUCAGGAAGUUUUACCAAAUUGUUUUCACUUACUUAAAAUAAAUUAAUGACAUUCUUGAAAAUGCAUCAUUCCAGUGUAUUGUCUAAAAUGUAGAUUAGGUGCAAAGUUAUAAUUAAGUAAUUAAAUUAUUUGGUUGUGUUACUCGAGUUACCAAUUUACUAUAUCAGGUAAGUGUGCUUGCAUAAUUGUUUGUUAUUUAUUUAUAAUAUUUAUUUGCAACUUAAAUAGCAUACCCACAGUUUGUCUCUGUUAGGCGUUCUUUAAUUUUAUUUGUAUGAGUAUUGUUCCACUAAUUUAUAUUUCGUUUGCCAUUUUCACAGAAGUUAGAUUUUUAAAAUGCGGAAUUCGUGAAUCGAUAACAUAUUGCCAUUAAUUGCAUUUAUAUUACAUUAUGAUUAAACGGACAACGAAUGAGGUUUACUGCCCUUGAGUGCCAAUUCACAUAUAAAAUAUUGUGUGGCAUCAAAAGUUUUUCCAUAUAAUUUAUUGAACCCAUUCUUAGGAUAAGGUUUUCAGCAUAGUAUUUAUUUGUGGUUUGAGUGUAUCGAAUGUGUCGGUGGUUAGAUACAUGCUUGUACUUCAAAAUUUAUUAAUUUUGUAGUACUAUCAUGUGUGGAAUGGUGCUAUUUAAUUAACUAAGAUGUUGUUUAAAAAUAGGAAAAGUGUGUUAACGCCACAGAGUGUAAAUUAAAUAAUCAAUUGGCCCAAAUACAAUUAUUAAAGUUAUCUGUAACAUCAGAUCUUUUUAAACGGGCAAAUUAAAAAAAUCUAGAUUAUAUUUUAUUAUUUUAUGAGAGUACUUAACAUUGCUGGAAUUACAAAAUAAUUUGUCAUGUUUGAUACAUUAAGUAAACAUUAAGUUGUAUUCCAUUAUCUAAGUGAAUUUAAAAUAAAUCCCUGAUUUAUAACUAGAUAUUAAUCAAAUUAUAUGAUAAUAUAAAAAUCUAUUUGCUCAUUUAACGAAAUUUGUACCAUUUAGACAAUUUUAUCUACUUGUGGACAAUGUUUUAUAUGUUAUGGGAGUUUCGCUUAGAUAUUAUGAUCACUCAAGAUUUGCUUACAGUAAGCAUCAAUGGCAUCAAAAUAAUUUUGAUAUUAUCGGAAAUAAGAUUAACAAAGUAUAUUUGUAGUACCUUACCUUGCAACUCCUUUAUCGUAACUGGCCUAGUGUUAUUGUAGCUUUUCUUUGAGAAUAUAGUCUAAAUGUAUUUAACAAAAUACUAAGUGAGAUUAAUGUUUUGAUAUAGCAUACAUACUAUCUGCAUAUUUGUUAUCAUUGUUGUAAUUAUUUUAGGAGAGUUUUUAAUAUUUGUUUUAUAGUAGGGUAUAUAUUCUGAUCCGAAAUGAGAAAGCUGUUUUUUAUAAUUGAUAAACUUUUGCUCUCUGCAUAUUAUAGCAUAACAACCUAUUAAUUGGCUUCGUUAUCUUGGUAUUGUUAUUAACCACAUCUUUAUUCAUAUGUAACCACUGCUUUAGAGACGUAUCGACGAGUUACUAAUAGUCAGGUAAGCAAUAUGGCUAAAGCCAGAAUAUAUCAAAGCCAAGCCAACUAUUUAAUGGAAAUAAUUAAAUUAUGAUGUGAUAAUCACAGGAAUCGGAUCUAGAGUAAUUGGAUAGUUUUUUACCUUGCCCUGUAAUGAAGCCUUGUAAAUAUUUACCAAGCCUUUACUAGCUUAAGAAAAGAAUGUUAAAUAAAUUUUUUGACACAA